AUGAGUUGCCCAACCCAGCGCAUGUCCGAUACAGCAGGGACUUUCUCUUAGUGUUGACGAACUGACCUAUGGCGAGUGGAUUGUGUCAUUCAAAGGAUAACCAGGAGAAAGAGAAAGAGCAGGUUACCCUCCCCGUAGUCGCCAAACCGUGUGGAAUUUUGGAAUUGAUUUAAUAGGGAUUGCAGACGAGAGACCAGCGGCGACUAGGCGGCGAGUACAUGUACAAACAUUUUCCGGCGGCGACGUGGCGACGGCUGAAUCCCUGUUGUUACUACCCUUGUCAGAACUCAGGAGUGUGUGUGAGAUUUGGUGCAGACCGCUACGAAUGUGACUGCACUCGCACAGGCUUCUAUGGAGUCAACUGUACUGUUCCGGAGCUCUGGACCAGAGUUCGUCUCAUGCUGAAGCCGAGGCCUGCGACGGUUCACUUUAUCCUCACCCACUUCCAGUGGUUCUGGGACAUUGUCAACAGCUCUUUCCUGCGUGACACAUUCAUGAGAUUAGUGCUGACGGUCAGAAGCGACCUUAUUCCAAGCCCUCCAACCUACAAUUCUAAAUAUGGAUACCUCAAUUGGGAGUCCUACUACAACAUCUCCUACUACACCCGUCUCCUCCCUCCUGUACCUGAAGACUGCCCUUUGCCGAUGGGAACUAAAGGUAAACCUGAUCUUCCUGAUCCCAAAGUGUUGACCGAGAGGUUUUUUAAGAGAAAAAAAUUCAAGCCAGAUCCUCAGGGAACCAACCUGAUGUUUGCCUUCAUGGCCCAACACUUCACCCACCAGUUUUUCAAGACAAACAAGGAAGUUGAAGAUGGUUUCACUAAGGCUUUAGGCCAUGGGGUAGAUGCGAGCAAUAUCUAUGGAGACAACCUGAUGCGACAGCUUCAACUCCGGCUUCAUAAAGAUGGAAAGCUAAAAUAUCAGUUGAUACAUGGUGAGAUGUACCCCCCUACUGUAUCUGAGGUCCCUGUGCACAUGGUGUAUCCUGAACACUUCCCCCCAGAGAAGCGUCUGGUCACUGGUCAUGAGGUAUUUGGCCUCCUGCCGGGCCUCACCAUGUACGCCACCAUAUGGCUGAGGGAGCAUAACAGAGUCUGUGACAUCCUGAAGGCAGAACAUCCCACCUGGGACGAUGAGCAGCUCUUCCAGACCACCAGACUCAUCAUCAUUGGAGAGAUCCUCAACAUUAUAAUCGAAGAGUACGUGCAGCAUCUGAGUGGUUACCUGCUGAAACUGAAGUUUGAUCCCGCCCUGCUCUUCAGCGUACGUUUCCAGUACAGCAACCGCAUCGCUCUGGAGUUCUGCCACCUCUACCACUGGCAUCCACUGAUGCCUGACAGCUUCCUCAUCGACGGAGAUGAAAUCCCGUACUCCCAGUUUAUUUACAACACCUCCCUCAUCAUGCACUAUGGGGUGGAGAAACUAGUUGAUGCCUUCUCCCAACAACCUGCAGGACAGAUAGGUGGAGGUCACAACUCUCAUGCAGUAGUGCUCAAAGUGGCAGAAAUGGUCAUCAGAGAGUCUCGAGCAACACGUGUGCAGCCCUUUAAUGAAUACAGGAAGAAGUUUAACCUGAAGCCAUACACAUCUUUUUAUGAAUUUACUGAUGACAUAGAGAUGGCCAGAGGUUUAGAGGAGCUCUAUGGUGACAUAGAUGCUCUGGAGCUCUACCCCGGCGUCCUGCUGGAGAAAACACGUCCUAACAGCCUAUUUGGUGAGAGUAUGGUGGAGAUGGGUGCUCCAUUUUCCCUGAAAGGCCUGCUGGGAAAUCCCAUCUGCUCCCCUGAGUACUGGAAGCCCAGCACCUUUGGGGGAGAGACGGGCUUCAAUAUCGUCAAAACUUCCACUCUGAAGAAACUGGUGUGCCUCAACACCAAGUGGUGUCCAUACGUGGACUUUCAUGUUCCACGAAAAGAGGAGGACACAAAACCAAGAAAAUCACCCACUGAACUUUAAUGAGUUUUAUGAGUGAAUGACAUAGUUUGCAUUUAAGCAGGUCUACCUCCAGAAAAUACAGCUGACAAAUUCCAUAAUUUCCAGAGAAUGAAAAUUCCUCUAGACCUCGGAGAAGUAUUUUCAUUUGCUAAUGAUUGCUUAUUGUAUCGCUAUAUCUUCUUGAAGACCAACAAUUAAAUUGCAUUACUGUACAGAUGACCUGUUCAAAGAAGAUAAUGAAUUCACUGUAUUUUAAAUUGCCAAAAAUAAAAGUAAGAAAUAGUUCAUGAAUUAUAAGAAGUAAUGAUCUGCAGACAGUUAUUAUUGUUGCAUAUUAGGAGAAACCCAUGUCGUUUAGGUCAAAAUUACAUUCAGUCAAUGUUUAUAAUCUGUACAAAAGAAAAUGUUGCAAUUCAAAAUUAAAAGUUGGCCACUCCACUGGGGCAUUGGGGGUUUAAGUGCUUUGCUCAACAGUGACUCAUCUUGCAUGAGGCAAGGGUGCAGAUUUAAACAGUCCAACUCUGUACUGUAACAACAAGGACUAGAUCCCUCACUGGCUUCCCACAUACCCGGAGCCCUCAUGUUUUCUCUCCCCACAGUUUUCCUUGGAUUAGGAUGGCACCUAAAUCAUGGUCGCAGCUGUUGCCAUGGUCCUGCUAGGUGCCCUGCAAUGCUGUGCUACGUCCAGUUACGCCCUGAAGUGCCCUGCUACGUCCUGCUAUGUCAUGCUAUGCCCUACUACACCCUGAUAGGCCCUGCAGUGCCCUGUUACGCCAUGAGCUACUACAACAACGACUACGUCAUAGUUCAAUUAUCUUUAUUGUGAAUAUAAUUGCCACUGUGCAUCACACCCCCAACCAGCACUGGCAGACAACAGCCCAUCUGUAAUCCUGUAAUAAA